UUGGAAUGAGAUGGUUGUAACCCCUGAUAUAUACUUCAACAAUUCGAGGAUGAACAUUGCCGUGCAGUAUGAGCCAAGGCACUCUGUCUUCCCCAACAUGGACCAUCAUCCUUGGAUGGCUUCCUCGACUCCAGCUCCAGUCGUUAAAGAGGAACCGCGCGAGGACACGGAGUACGGACAGAUAACCCUUGACAGCAGGUUGCCGUUGACGCCACCCCCCUUCCAGGGAUACCCCCCAGCGAACGCCUACAGCGACGCCACGCCCCCCAAGGACACGCCCCCCGCCUCUACCCCCUCGCCGCAGGAGAAGCAAGAGGGCAGCUCCAACUCUGAAGGGGAGUACUAUGAGAGCGGGGACUCCCUUAAGAGGCUUCAAAUGGCCCUUCAUAGGAAUGGGAUGAUCACCGAAGAGAAGCUGCAAUGCCCUGUCUGCGAAUUCUCUUGCAGUGUUAGAUCCCAGUUUAAUGAGCACCUAUUGUCCCAUGAAACUAAAUGUUCUAUGUGUGAUUUCAAUGGAGAAACCAGUGAAAAAUUGAAAGAACAUAUGAGAAAUGCCCAUGACUGCGAUGAUGACAGCAACUGGGGAGAUGAUGAGCUCAACACUCCUAAAGUCAAUUCGCAGGGAAAAGUCAAAACGUUCCGGUGCAAACAGUGUGAAUUUUCCGCUGUGACAAAACUAGAAUUCUGGGAGCACUCUCGUACUCAUAUCAAACAGGAGCGCUUAUUAACUUGUCCCAAGUGUCCAUUCGUGACUGAGUACAAACACCAUUUGGAAUACCAUUUAAGGAAUCAUUUUGGAUCAAAACCAUUUAAAUGUGACAAAUGUUCCUAUUCUUGCGUAAACAAAUCAAUGCUUAAUUCUCAUUUAAAAAGUCACAGUAAUGUCUACCAAUUUAGAUGUGCUGAUUGUACUUAUGCAACUAAAUAUUGCCAUAGUUUGAAGCUGCAUUUGAGAAAAUACACUCACCAUCCAGCCAUGGUUCUAAAUCCUGAUGGUUCCCCUAACCCUUUCCCAAUUGUAGAUGUCUAUGGAACGAGGCGUGGUCCAAAGCAGAAGCCUAAACAUGACCUAAAACGACACCGACCCCAUGUGUCUAAUCUUUUCCAUCCCUAUUCUAUAUUACCACCUCAAAUGCCAUAUUACAACAUUCUUAACGGAUUUGGAGCAUUUCCUUUUUCUCAAGAUGUGAACAUGGAAGAGAGAAACAAUAAUAUUGAAAAAGAUGUCAAAGAAGAAAAGGUUCCUCUUGAUUUAAGUUGUCCUGAGCCAAUGGUUGAAGACAGCAAUCAAGAAGCUCCUGUUAAAAAUAGAAGAAAAGGAAAGGCCUUCAAACUUGAUACAAUUACGCUUCGUCUUCAACAUCAAAUAGAAUCUGAUGACAACGAACCACAGGCAGACUUGCCACAGUCAACUCCACCACCUCCACCUGUGGUCUCAGAGCCAGUAAAGUUGCCAGAAAUCAAGUCCUGUGAAGCAGACAGUGAACAGAAGUCAGAGAAGACAGAACCAAAAAAUGACUAUAGUUGCACUUAUUGCGACAUUUCAUUCAAAGACGUCAUAAUGUAUACCAUGCAUAUGGGUUAUCAUGGUUAUGAAGAUCCCUAUAAGUGUAAUAUGUGUGGGCAGCAAACUACCGAUAAGGUUGCUUUCUUUAUUCAUAUAGCCAGAACAUCUCACUCCUAAACAAUAGACAUUAUUUAUCUAAUGAGAAUUCUGUAGAAUUUUCCUGUUUUUAAAGGAAAUCCGAAAUUCGUUACCCCACCAGAGAAUAUGUGUCUAAUGACGGUUUUUGUAUAUAAUUAUAUCCUCAUUUAGACUAUUAAUUUAUUAUUUUCAGAUGUAUGUAGUUUUUAUGUCUAGUCAUGUGUAUUAUAGCAUAAAAUGUAAAAUUGUUUAAUAGGAAAUAGAGUCUAAACAUAUGAAAUAUGUUAUGGUGGAAAAAAGAUGAACAACCAGAUAUUUAAAAAUUUACAUUUAUUCAAAAUAAUUAUGUUACCUUUUAAUAUUAUAUAUUCAGAAGGAAAUAAUAAUAAUUGCACAGUUAAAUGGUCCUUAUAAUGGGUGAUAAAUA